UCCGAACUGUUCGAUCGGAACCUCUCAAGUAACUCUUACAUUCAUUUCAACUCAAUCAUCAUGCUGUCCUGCACGAAGAUGUUCACGGUGUGCGCGACCGCAGCCCUGAUCAUGUCCACCAUUACCGAGGCAACCGUCGGCAACCAGGUCCCAGACUACAAGCACGGGGUGCAGCUGGGUGUUGGUGCCGGAGUGGGUCUUGGUUUAGGCGGCGGUGAGCAGAAUCAGAACGCGGAGACGCCAUGCCCCCAGUCUGACAACUCUCAGUCGGUUACCCAGAACGGCCUUGGUGUUGGUGUCGGCCUCGGCCUCGGUGUCGGCGGCGGUCACCCGGACCAGAACGGAGGCGUCGGACUUGGCGCGGGACUGGGCCUCGGACUCGGUGUCGGCGGCGGUCACCCGGACCAGAACGGAGGCGUCGGACUUGGCGCCGGACUGGGUCUCGGACUCGGUGUCGGCGGCGGUCACCCGGACCAGAACGGAGGCGUCGGAGUAGGCGCGGGACUGGGCCUCGGCCUUGGUGUCGGCGGCGGUCACCCGGUCCAGAACGGAGGCGUCGGACUUGGCGCGGGACUGGGCCUCGGACUCGGUGUCGGCGGCGGUCACCCGGACCAGAACGGAGGCGUCGGACUUGGCGCCGGACUGGGUCUCGGACUCGGUGUCGGCGGCGGUCACCCGGACCAGAACGGAGGCGUCGGAGUAGGCGCGGGACUGGGCCUCGGCCUUGGUGUCGGCGGCGGUCACCCGGUCCAGAACGGAGGCGUCGGAGUAGGCGCGGGACUGGGUCUCGGACUCGGUGUCGGCGGCGGUCACCCGGUCCAGAACGGAGGCGUCGGACUUGGCGCCGGACUGGGUCUCGGACUCGGUGUCGGCGGCGGUCACCCGGGCCAGAACGGAGGCGUCGGACUUGGCGCCGGACUGGGUCUAGGACUCGGUGUCGGCGGCGGUCACCCGGACCAGAACGGAGGCGUCGGACUUGGCGCCGGACUGGGCCUAGGACUCGGUGUCGGCGGUGGUCACCCGGACCAGAACGGAGGCGUCGGACUUGGCGCCGGACUGGGUCUAGGACUCGGUGUCGGCGGUGGUCACCCGAACCAGAACGGUGGCGUCGGACUUGGCGCCGGACUGGGCUUCGGACUUGGACUUGGGGGUGGUGAGCAGAACCAAAAUUCCCACACGUCUUCGCAGUCGGGUGAGCAGAACGGCGGCGUUGGCGUUGGUGUCGGUCUUGGUGCCGGCGUGAAUGUUGGCGGUGUCGGUGUUGAUGUCGGAGCCGGUGUUGGUGUUGGUGUUGGCAUUGGCGGUGGUGAGCAGAACCAGAACGCUGAGACCCCUCGCCCAAACUCUCAGACAUCUUCGCAGUCGGGUGAGCAGAACGGCGGCGUUGGCGUUGGUGUCGGUCUUGGUGCCGGCGUGAAUGUUGGCGGUGCCGGUGUUGAUGUCGGUGUUGGUGUUGAUGUUGGCAUUGGCGGUGGUGAUCAGAACCAGAACGCUGAGACCCCUCGCCCAAACUCUCAGACAUCUUCGCAGUCGGGUGAGCAGAACGGCGGCGUUGGCGUUGGUGUCGGUCUUGGUGCCGGCGUGAAUGUUGGCGGUGUCGGUGUUGAUGUCGGAGCCGGUGUUGGUGUUGGUGUUGGCAUUGGCGGUGGUGAUCAGAACCAGAACGCUGAGACCCCUCGCCCAAACUCUCAGACAUCUUCGCAGUCGGGUGAGCAGAACGGCGGCGUUGGCGUUGGUGUCGGUCUUGGUGCCGGCGUGAAUGUUGGCGGUGUCGGUGUUGACGCCGGUGUUGGCGUGGGUGUCGGCAUUGGCCUUGGCGGGGGUGAGCAGAACCAAAACACACCGACUCCUUGCCCUGGCAGCAACAAUGGUUCGCAGAACCAGGGCAGCGACGAGACCCCGGCCCCUGUUGGUGACAAUGGCUCGCAGCAUCAGGAUGCCCCGACUCCGUGUCCCGGCAGCAACAACGGCUCGCAGAACCAGGGUGGCGAGGAAACUCCGGCCCCUGUUGGCAACAAUGGCUCCCAGAACCAGAAUAACGGUUCGCAGACUCAGGGCGGUGAGCACGAGCAGGAGCAGCAGCACGAGCAGGAGCAGCAGCACGAGCAGGAGCAAACUACUCAGCAGACCACGAACGAAGCGGCUCAGCAGAGUGGUCGCCGCCUCCGUUCGCUAAACUAACUGGUUGAGAAGCACUUGGAUGCCGUCGAGGCAUACACAGGAUCUACUGUUACUACAUGUAGACCCAACAAGUAUUCAUGAUCUUUCUGUCAAACAGAUUGUACUUCGCAUUUGCUGGUAUAACUACAUGUAGCUACCGGGCUUAAUCCUUCUACGUAGUACGAAUAAAACAUAGUUGGAUAAUGCAUUUGAUUGUUCAUGAACCUCUAGUAAAGUGUCAUCAGCAAUAAGCUCAUAUUUUUAACCUUAAAUUGAGCUCGAGAAUAGGGUCCGGUGAGAAUUUAUGCCAAAAUCGACUUCUUUAAUUCAUUAA